AUGAGUGAGGGACAAAUUCCAGGCUCGGAUGUUUUAGGUUUGCAAUUGGGUGUUGGUGUUCAAGGUGCUAGUCUUUACUCUCCGCAGGAAAAACAUACUACAAAGAAAUCACAAUGGCUAAGACCAGUGGAUGAUACGUUACCCGAGGGUGUACUGGAUCUCCGUAUAGUGGCCAACAGUGUGCUUUGCGAUACUGUCAUUCGAUGUAAUUCCGAGGAGAAAGGAUUGCAAGAAUCAGAUAAUGGCGAUGAUCUCAUAACUAGUGAUAUUGAUGAGGAUAUGGAUGAUCAGGCGGACACGUCUAUAGUGGUAAAUCCAGUGAUACCCGUAGUACCGAAACAUGUGCAUUUUUUCAAGAAAGUUGAGGUUGAUAAUGACCCCAUGUUCAGUGUUAACUGCGACACGCCAGUUUCACUCCAAGAUUACAUUCCUUCCGAUUUGCUACGCGACUUGAACGAUACAUUGGAAGAAAGUGCCGGUUCUCCAAGGUCGGGGCAAGAUGCCUUCUUUUGGGACCCGACUGUGGCUAACCGGCUGGACUCUAAAUAUAUCCAAACGGCAUCAGAUUUAAGAAACUAUAGGGACGGAACCGAAAUUAUAGCAUAUGCCUCUGGUAAAACUGACUCUGUGCUGAAUAUAUCAGUCUUAGUACGACAAAACACAUUGCACUUGAACCGACAUAACAAUGUAACGAGCAUCGAGCUGCAUUCGCCGAUCAAGAGUAUCAAGAUACCAGGGACUUCUGAAGCCAUUGGGCGGAGAUCAAAUCUAGUGGGCGUAAUCACGGAAAAUUCUUUCCAAAUCUUUAGAAUCGAAAAUAUUCAUUCGAGAUCAUGUGAUGUCAUAGUCACCAAUUCUGAACCGCUGUAUUUUGUGGAAGUAGACGAUAUUCAAGUAGUAGAUUUUGCAUUUAAUCCUUGGGACUUGCAACAAUUUGCCAUUAUUGAUGCAAAAGGCAACUGGAAUAUCGGGACGAUACCAAAAAAUUUCAAUAAUAACAAAAGAAAACUACAAUUAAUAGAUAACUUCCAUGGCACGAUUUACGAUCCAGCAGAAUUGUCGUCGUGGAAAAGAAUUGAGUGGUUUUCACAGUUCCAAAAAAUACUAAUUUUUGAUAGAUCCAAAAUGAUUGAAGUCGACUUUGUGAAUAACUGGCAAGUGGAAGUGGUACAGGCAAAGACGUGGUCAGAUAUACGCGAUUAUAGGAGGAUUGACGAUAAUAAUGGUAUCUUACUUACGUCAAGGGAAAUAAUAAUCAUAGGAGCAUCAGAAGCAAACGACGUCGUGAGAAAAAUAUCAUGGAAACACGAUCUGGAUCCCGAUGAUACCACACUUAAAAUCACUACUCAAAAAGUUAAGAAAUCAAAUAUUUUGCUCCUGGUUGCGUUUGUGUAUUCGAUGCGUCAUAAAUACAUUUACAUCCAUGUAUUUUCUAGCACAAGAACAAACCUAUUUCAAUCCUUAGGGUAUUCAACAGUGAUUAAAAUUCCAGGUGGGAGCCCUACUGGUAUAGAGGCAAUCACAACACUCGACAAAAUAGACGACAAAACUCCGGCGGACGAAGAUGCAGAUGAAAACAUUGGGUUUACCGUGGCUUUUUUGAUCAAAAUGAGGAACUCAUCUAAGAUUUAUUACUGUGCUUUGUCAAAUACUCAAAGUGAUGAAUUUAAUGAACAAGAAAACUUCACUGUGACUGAUCAUUCCGAGUGGAUGUUGCCUUUCAAUAACACUAAUAACCGUGAAAAGGAGAGUAUUUGUGCACUAAUUUCUCAAAUUAAGAUGAAAGAAAGGGAACGUAUAUCUCAGAUACGAGAUUUAACUGAGCAUGAAAACAGCCAUGAUGAAGAUAGAUAUCUCCAAGACCUGGGGUAUCGUUUGUCUAUGGCUACAAAUCAGUUGCUUGAAUCCUGGCAAAGAACCAAAGAUGAAAGUAUCAGUAGUGAGGCUUUGAGCUAUUCAAAAUUGAACAAUCUCGUUGAAAAUUCAAACUCUUUCACUAGUAUACCUGAAUUCUCUUCGUUACUUGACCAGUUUUUCCAGUACUAUCAGGAUCAAGAUGUCACAUUCAUUGAUUUUGAAAAACUGCUACAUUUAUUUUUACAUGAAGAUGUUCCUGGUUUGGAUAUUUUUUACAAUAAACUGCUACAAUGUUGGGUUCUGGUAUCACCACAAGCUGAAUUGCUUACAAAAGAGAUAGUCAAAGAUAUCGUCUGGAGUCUAGCAAGACUUGAAAAUCCAUCCCUUUUCGAACCGAUUCAAAAGAAAAUUUCACAAUCGCUAAGCCAGCCUUACCAAGAUGUCAUCUCUUCAUGGGAUAUGGAUGAGUUAAACGAAGAAGAUGAAUUGGAUGAUUUUAAUUUUGAUAGUCAAUUUUCAGCAACGUCCUUCAAUGGCAGGCCUCAAUUUACUAUAAGUUCUCAGUCCCAAAUUCCUACGAUUAAAUCAUCUCAAAGUAAUGGACUAACACGGAGGAAAAAAAUAUUGAAGACACAAUCCCAGAGAGCAGCUCCGUUGUCGCAAUCUACCCAAAAUUUAAGCGUCUUGCCAGAUUUAAUGACUCCUGCAUUUACGCUAAUGCAACCCCCAUCUUCACAAAUAUCAUUCAUGAACGAUUCGCAAACUCGUAAUUCACAAAGAGCCAAAAAGAAGAAGAAAAGAAUUCGGGGGUUUGGAUAG